AUGACAGGUACUGAGUACGACAAAAUUGGGGACAAGUACGACGGCAGUUUCCAUCUCCACACCGCGAUCCUCCAACAAGCUACUAUUUUGACUCACGUUGGCAAUGUUCGAGGCCAGAAUAUUCUAGACCUUGGCUGUGGGACGGGCCUCUAUUCCCGCAAAUUUAUUGAAGCAGGGGCAAACAAAGUGGUUGCAGUCGACAUCUCCGAGGCAAUGGUAGAAAGCGCCCGCCGCCAGGCCCUGGUCAGUGGUGUGUCAGAGUUCCAUGUUGCAGACGCAAGCAAGCCACUUCAUCUAGGACAGUUCGACCUGGUCCUAGCUGCAUGGAUCCUCAACUAUGCAUCUAACGAAGCCGAAUUACUGUCAAUGUGGCACAAUAUCUUCGAAAGCGUCAAGCCUGGAGGGCGCUGUGUUGGCAUCGUCCCUGACCUAAAUCAGCUUCCGGCAGGGCAAUCACCCAGAGAGAAGACCCCUCGGUUUGGGCAGAGUUCGGAGUUGCUCAACAGGGUGCAAGGGGGUGUAAGAGUGCGGACAACUUUGCAUGCUCCGACGCCCAUGUCUUUCAAUCAUUACAUCAGGGACCUUGCAGUCCAUGAGAACUAUGCCAGAAAGGCUGGGUUCUCGGGCAUUCAGUGGAUGUCUCCGGUCGACCCAGAAAUCCCAGGUUUAGACUUUGCAAGUUUUGUUAAAAAUCCCCUUUUCCGGGUUUUCUCUGUGUCUCGCUCGAUUUCCGAUGGUUAA